AUGUCGUCCUCAUCCCACCAGUUCCAGGAACGGACCUUCACAAAACUCACCUACUGCGACUACUGCACCAAGACGCUCUUCUACCACAGCUUCUUCAACAACCUCAAGCUCGCCCAGAUCACCUCCGCGACGAGCCAACACGGAGGGGAUGCGGCCAUCGUCUCGUCCUCUCAACCCCUCCAAAGUCUGGUCGAGCGACCAUCUACUCGUUCACAAAAGAAGGAUCAGGAACAGGACAACCAACAGCAGCAGGAUACGACACCCCCAGCAGUAGGACGGACAAAGUUUCUGGAGGAUGCUAUCAUUUCGGCGGCGAUUCGGAUGUCGCUGCCCGGUGAUAUCUCGGCGCUUCCCAAGAAUGAUCAUCCGUCAUUGUCUAUCCAGACGACGACUAUCAACUUUACGCGGUUUGUGCACAAGACGACAGCGGUGUUUUGGUUCCAGGAUCAGGUGGAGGAUAUAUUGACUUGGAAGGAUCCUUGGAACACUGCCUUUGUGCUUGUCCUUUACUGCUUCGUCUGCAUCUACCCAUUGCUGCUGUUCCUGUUGCCCCAGUGCAUCAUGGCAACAAUCAUGAUUUACUUUUUCCAACAAAAGUCGGCUCGUCAACAACAAAAGAUCCUCGGCAUCAAGAACGACUCCAACAACACUACUCAACAACAACAACGACAACAACCACAACGACGUAUCACUGCAGAGGAAGCCUACAUUGCAGCACAGGAGAAGGCUCACCACAACCGCCACCACGUCUACCACGAUGAAGACUACCUCGAACAAGCUUCUUCCUCAGACUCUGACGAAGAGGAGCAGCGUCGGUCGACUAACGUCAAGUACCUGAGCAACCUGCAGCAUAUCCAAAACAUGAUGGGCGAUAUCUCGAAUGCACAUGAUGUGAUUCUGCCGUUGUUUAAGCACCUCGAUUGGAGCGACGAGGCUGAGGCGAUCAUGAUUGUUCAGGGCACAAUGGCGGCGUUUGUGGGCAUGAGUCUGAUCAUGUGGCUCGUCCCCUGGAGAUGGGUGUUUAUGAUUGGUGGCGCUUCUGGGAUGUUGGCGAAUAGUCCUUGGGGGAAGAUUGUUGUGAAGGAGGGGGGUUCGUUGGCCAAGGAUAUUGCGGCUUGGGGGCAGGUCCAGGCGACAGAGAUAAAGAAGAAUCACAAGUAG